AGGGCCCUCAGCGGCGUGUUGUGGUAGUGAGGAUCACCAGCCCCUUCGCCUGGCUCCGCACCCGCUUUUACUACCUGCUCAUCCGCCUCUACUUCGACCACGAAUUCAGCAUCGAGGAGUUCACGCGGGGAGCCAAGCAGGCCUUUUCUGUUGUUUCAAAGCUGCUGUCUCAGCGUAAACUUGACCUGCUGGAAGAACUUGUAUCAGCAGAGGUACUUCAGGUGCUGAAGGAAAAGAUUUCUUUGCUCCCUGACAGCCACAGGGAUGCUUUAGCAGCUGACAUUGAUGCAAUCAUGUACACAACUGAAGGAGAUGUUCGCAUUUACUAUGAUGAUGAUGGAAGAAAGUUUGUUAGCAUCCUGAUGUGCUUCUGGUAUCUGAAUGGUGCUAAUCUACCUGACGAAGUACCAGGUGAAGCCAAAGUCUUCCAGAUUGUGUUUGGAGAUGAAAACACAAAAGAAAAGAAACAUCUUUUAACGGCUAACUAUGAGUUCCAAAGGGAGUUUACAGAAGGAGCAAAACCAGACUGGACUAUUACACGGAUUGAACAUCCAAGGCUAUUAGAAUAAAUGCCUUCUUACAGCCUUUUUAUGUACCACUGUAAUUGUUUUGAUGUAACAAAUACCAGGCUUUUUUGGGGUCUUUUUUUCCCUUCCUGCCCUUUCCUCCAAAAGAGGGAUAAAUUUUCUAUGUAUGAUUUCCAAAAAUUCUUUCUGAAGCUUGCACUGUGCUGCAGUGUUACAGCAAAGCCUUUUCUCUGGAACAGGCUGGUAGAAAUUUAAUUGGUUCCAGUGCUCAUCCAAGGCAUUUAGACAGCACAGUUUCAUUGAGGCAGGUGUAAUGGAUAUGUGAUGGAUAUCAAUUUCUUACAUUCUGACAAGAAAUGGUACUAUUUGAAAAUAAACAACACUUAAAUGACU